AUGGGAGAAUGGACCAUCCUAGAGCGCCUCCUAGAGGCUGCUGUGCAGCAGCACUCUACUAUGAUUGGAAGGAUCCUGCUGACAGUGGUGGUAAUCUUCCGGAUCUUAAUUGUGGCCAUCGUGGGGGAGACGGUGUAUGAGGACGAGCAGACCAUGUUCAUUUGCAACACCCUGCAGCCGGGCUGUAACCAGGCCUGCUAUGACAAGGCCUUCCCCAUCUCCCACAUCCGCUACUGGGUGUUUCAGAUCAUCUUAGUGUGCACUCCCAGCCUCUGCUUCAUAACCUACUCGGUCCACCAGUCUGCCAAGCAGAGGGACAGGCGCUACUCCUUCCUCUAUCCCAUACUGGAGAGGGACUACGGUGCGAGGGACGGGGCGCGGAAGCUCCGUAACAUCAACGGAAUCCUGGUGCAGCACGGCGGCGACAGCGGCGGAGGGAAGGAGGAGCCUGACUGCCUGGAGGUGAAGGAGAUCCCGAACGCGCCGCGCGGCCUCACCCACGGGAAGAAUUCCAAGGUGCGCCGGCAAGAAGGGAUCUCUCGCUUCUACAUCAUUCAGGUGGUGUUCCGAAACGCCCUGGAGAUCGGCUUCUUGGCGGGCCAGUACUUCCUGUACGGCUUCAGCGUGCCUGGGAUUUUCGAGUGUGACCGCUACCCGUGUUUGAAGGAGGUCGAGUGCUAUGUGUCCAGGCCCACGGAAAAGACUGUUUUCCUGGUGUUCAUGUUCGCUGUGAGUGGAAUCUGUGUGGUUCUCAACCUGGCAGAGCUCAACCACCUGGGCUGGCGGAAGAUCAAGGCGGCCAUUAGAGGCGUACAGGCACGCAGGAAGUCCAUCUGCGAGAUCAGGAAGAAGGACAUGGCGCACCUGUCGCAGCCACCCAACCUGGGACGCACGCAGUCCAGCGAAUCAGCUUAUGUCUGAGGAGGAAGAGGAGU